AUGGAAUACUGCAAAGCUCCCGCGCCUCUUGAUAGCGCCAAGAGCUGCUCAUCACCCUCCUCUCCAACGAAGGAGUCUCCUGGCUCAUCUGCCCGCUCCAAAGCCUCGAGCCAAACUUCGCCCGCAUCUUCCCAAGCCAGGUUACCAACAGAGAAAUACGUGCCCGUCGCAGACGAAGAGGCAAGGCUCCUGGCGAGAAAGGCGGUCGGGCUUCAGAACAGCAAGUCCGAUUUGCACCAUCCCACCUUGUUGCCCGACUACGAAACCAUAUUCCUCGCCUACCAUCCCUCUCAUGACAUUGAAACAAUCAAAUGCUCGAAAAUUCGCGAAGACCUUUCGAAAUUCGAGCAGAGACUCUGUUCGCACAGAUGCACAUCCGACUCGACAUUUUGCAAGUCAGUCCAGCGAAAAUGUGGCUUCAAAUUUCUUCUGAAAGGGUCCACCCCGUUCUUUGGGCAGAAAAGUAAUGGGAAUAGCAGGGUGUGGCACUGCUCCGCACUCGGAUGUAAAGCUUCGGCAUGGAUCGAGAUGCAAAGCGAUACCAAAAUGCUUACGAUAGAAAUCAAGCGAUAG